CCGCCCCCGGGGCGCGCGGCUCUAUAAAUGCAGCUGCGCGGCCGGCGGGGCGAGAGCGUACGGGAGGCGCGCCUGGGAGCCGGGGAGGAGGCGGCGGCGGCGGCGGCGGCGGCGGCCGGGCUGUAGUCGGCGCUGCGGAGGGGUGACGAGGGCGCCCGGGGGCUGCUUCCCUUCCGGCGCUCCUGCUUUCUGCCCCUGCCUUUCGGUCCCGGCCGAGUGUCGCCCCCUGGGCAGAGGUCCCGUCGCAGAGCCCGGAGCGGCCGUGCCGUCAGUUGUUGGGCGCGGGGCCGCCGGGAGCUCCGCGGUGCCCCGAGCGCGGACCGCGCGCGCCGGGCGCGAAAGCGGGGGGAGCGGAGCCGGCCGCGGCCGCGGGCGGGGGCCCGGAGCUUGCCUGCCCGCCCGCCCGCCCGCCUGCCUCGCUCGCGCCGGCGUGUCCGCUCGCGCAGGGCGCGGGGCGCGGGGCGCGCGAUGAAGGCGGUGAGCCCGGUGCGCCCCUCGGGCCGCAAGGCGCCGUCGGGCUGCGGCGGCGGGGAGCUGGCCCUGCGCUGCCUGGCGGAGCACGGCCACAGCCUCGGAGGCUCGGCGGCGGCGGCGGCGGCGGCGGCGGCGCGCUGCAAGGCGGCGGAGGCGGCGGCCGACGAGCCGGCGCUGUGCCUGCAGUGCGAUAUGAACGACUGCUACAGCCGCCUGCGGAGGCUCGUGCCCACCAUCCCGCCCAACAAGAAAGUCAGCAAAGUGGAGAUCCUGCAGCACGUUAUCGACUACAUCCUGGACCUGCAGCUGGCGCUGGAGACGCACCCGGCUCUGCUGAGGCAGCCGCCGCCGCCCGCGCCGCCGCACCACCCGGCGGGGACCUGUCCGGCCGCGCCGCCGCGGACCCCGCUCACGGCGCUCAACACCGACCCGGCCGGCGCGGUGAACAAGCAGGGCGACAGCAUCCUGUGCCGCUGAGCCGCGCGGGCCAGGUGUGCGGCCCGCCUGAGCCCGAGCCAGGAGCACUAGAAAGGGAGGGGGAAAGAGCAGAAAUUGCAGAAAAAGCCACCCGAGGAAAGGAAAGGAAAAAAAAAAAAAAUCAGCAAAUCCUAGAAACGUUUCAUUCGUCAUUCCAAGAGGGGGGGGGGGAGAAAAAUACAAUUUCCAUCCUUUUUUUUUUUGCACGUUCAUAAACAUUCUGCAUAUGUAUUCUCUUUUGUCUCUUCAUUUAUAACCGCUGUGAAAUGUACAUUUCUGUGUUUUCGGAGGUGCAGUUAAACUUUUAAGCUUAAGUGUGACAGGACUGAUAAAUAGAAGAUGAAGAGUAAAUCAACUUUAGAAGCCUACUUUGUGACCAAGGAGCUCAAUUUUUGUUUUGAAGCUUUACUAAUAUAAAAGAGCAUUGUAGAUAUUUCUUUUUUGACAUCUAUUGUUUAAAAUAGAUGAUUAUAACGGGGCGGGGAACUUUCUUCUCCCUGCAAGAAUGUUACAUAUUGUAUAGAUAACUGAGUGACAUUUCAUACCAUGUAUAUAUAGAGAUGUUCUAUAAGUGUGAGAAAGUAUAUGCUUUAAUAGACUACUGUAAUUAUAAGAUAUUUUUAAUUAAAUAUUUUUUGUAAAUAUUAUGUGUGUGUUUUUUUAAUCUAUGGGAAUAUUUCUUUUGGAAAAUUAUUUUUCAGCUCCGUUGCAGAGCUCCUGAUAUCUUGAAUGUCUCUUCUGUUUGGCCUAGCUUUUAAUUUGUUUUUGUUUUAUCCAGUGUCAUAUAUAGACUCGGAAGUAAUCGUUAUAGCUAGUGGUCCUGCAUGACUGCAUGAGAUGUUUAAUCACGAAAUAAACUUGCUCUGAGUCCAUUCAAAUGUGUUUUCUUUAACCUAGAUUGAAAUCUUUGUAUUUGAAGCAUACAUGUUGGGAAUAUACUUUAUCAGUUCUUAAGUACAGGGUUUGAUAGUGUAAUAUAUAAAGAGUAAGUGUUUGCUUUUCUGUUUUUUAACUGAGGUCAAAAUGGAUUCUGAAUGGUUUUGCAUAUGGGAUGGGGAAAUGCUUGGAUCCUAAAGGAGUUUAUGAAAUCUACUGUUUUAUCAAAGUGGAAAAAAAAUGCUUAUCAUCCUUCAUUUUACACUAAAGCUUAAUGUCCGUACGUUUCAUGUCUGUACAGAUUAUUUAAAUCAUAGAAAUGAAAAAUGUUCUCUGCUUGCUACCAAAGGACAAACUCUUGGAAAUGAACACUUUCUGCUUUCCUUCCUCCAAAGAAUAUUAAUAGGCGACAGUGGGAGAAAAAAAAAAAAAAAGAAAAAGAAAAAAAACAAGGCAUAAUGGCAAAUCCUUCAAGCAGGGAUAAAAGUCGAUCUUCAAACAUUAACUUAAGUAGACCAAAAAUUCUGAUGACCGCAUCUAGAUUAUUUUUUUAUAAAAAUGAUUUUCACUAUAGCUAUGUUAGUUAUGGCUAAACUACUGUCCAAUCUCUUGUGAUGUGUAACUUUUACAUGUGCAUAUUAAAGUAGAUUUAUCUGUCUUGUACUGUGA